AUGUCGAAUCUUCACGAGCUGCUGACGUUGGAAACACUUCCAAUCGAUGAGACGUAUGUGGACAAGUUGAAAGCGCUCUUGAAAAGUGGUAUUCCUGCCACUUACACUAUAGAACAAGCUGCAGCUUUUGAAGCUGGAAAGGAAGAUGAGAAAGCGCCAGCUUCAGACACAACACCGCUACAUGUCCUGGUACGAUCUUUGCCCGAUCAAAUGACAUCAGCGGAAACAGAUGUUGUACUAGAGAUGAUGGACAUUUUGUUCGAGUAUGGUGCUGGAUGGAACUUUUUGGACUACGAAAACAAAAGUCCUGGGGAUAUCUUAUGUGAACGCGGACUCUCCAAUGGGAACGCACUAUAUGAGAGAGUUGUGGAUGCCGGUGUUUCUGCUGAGCUUCUUUUGCGGAAGUUGAACGACGACAUCGAGUUUUUAGAGGACGAUGAGGUUGAGGAAUCUGAGGCUGAAGCCGAGGCUGGGGCUGAAGAAGAGUCCAAGCAACAGAUUGUGGAUGUCCCACAAGUUGAGGCCACCACUGGUGACACCGCUGAAGAUCAAGAUGUCUAUCUGCAAGCGGAUCUGGAAUACACUUCGAAUGCUCUCGUCACGAAAAGCAACAAGGACGGCGUUAUGAUGGACUGGGAAACGGGAAUCAUGCAGUUGGCUCGCGAUACCAUGUUCAAAUAUGCAUCUUCUGGUGAAGCGGUUGUCUUGAAUAUCGGCUUCGGAAUGGGCAUUAUCGACACUUUUAUCCAAGAGCGCAACCCAACAAAACACUACAUCUGCGAAGCUCACCCGGAUGUCCUGAAACACAUGCGUGAACAAGGCUGGUACGAAAAGCCAAAUGUGGUGAUCUUGGAAGGCCGCUGGCAAGAGACACUUUCUGCACUUUUGGACAAAGGCGACGUUUUUUUCGACGCCAUAUACUACGACACUUUCAGCGAGCAUUACAGCGACAUGCUGGAGCUUUACGAUACAGUGGUAGGCCUUAUCAAACCCGAGGGUGUUUUCUCGUUUUUCAACGGCCUGGGUGCCGACAGACAGGUUUGCUACGACGUUUACAAACGUGUGGUGGAGGUCGACGUGCAGAACUACGGCAUGAGAUGCGACUACACCACGGUACCACUACCCGUCAAUCCAAACUGGGAAGAAGUGCGCAGAUCUUAUUUUGCAUGCGACAGAUACUACCAUCCAGAGAUCCGGUUUGUAUGA